UGAAGACCGCCCGGCCCGCAGCCAGUGUUGUGGAAUCCGUGGGCGGCCGCGUAGAGUCUGGUUCCCCUCUAGGACCGUCUCUAGAUCACCAUGGCGACUGGACAGAAGUUGAUGAGAGCGAUUCGAGUUUUUGAAUUUGGUGGACCAGAAGUGCUGAAAUUCCAGUCGGAUGUUCCAGUACCAGUUCCAAAAGACCAUCAGGUUCUAAUCAAAGUUCAUGCAUGUGGUGUAAACCCAGUGGACACAUACAUUCGCUCUGGUACUUACAGUAGAAAACCGCUCUUACCCUAUACUCCUGGUUUAGAUGUGGCUGGAGUAAUAGAAGCUGUUGGAGAUAAUGUAUCUGCUUUCAAGAAAGGUGACAGAGUUUUCACUACCAGCACGAUCUCGGGGGGCUAUGCAGAGUUUGCUGUUGCAGCUGAUGACACUGUUUACACACUGCCAGAAAAAUUGGACUUUAAACAAGGAGCUGCCAUCGGUGUCCCAUAUUUUACUGCUUACCGAGCUCUGCUCCACAGUGCCCGUGCAAAAGCUGGAGAAAGUGUUUUGGUUCAUGGUGCUAGUGGGGGAGUUGGACUAGCAGCGUGCCAAAUUGCUCGAGCUUAUGGCCUAAAGGUUUUGGGCACAGCUGGUACUGAGAAAGGGCAAAAUAUAGUUUUGCAAAAUGGAGCCCAUGAAGUGUUUAAUCACAGAGAUGCUAAUUAUAUUGAUAAAAUUAAGGAAUCUGUUGGCGAAAAAGGAAUUGAUGUUAUUAUUGAAAUGUUGGCUAACGUAAAUCUUAGUAAUGAUUUGAAUCUUCUGUCAUAUGGAGGACGAGUAAUAGUUGUUGGCAACAGAGGUCCUAUUGAAAUAAACCCGCGGGACACCAUGGCCAAGGAAUCCAGUAUAAUUGGAGUUGCUCUCUUUUCAUCAACCAAGGAGGAAUUUCGGCAAUCUGCAGCAGCCCUUCAAGCUGGAAUGGAAGUUGGUUGGUUGCGACCUAUAGUAGGUCCUCAGUAUCCAUUGGAGAAGGCGGUCCAGGCUCAUGAAAAAAUCAUUCAUAGCAGUGGGGCUACUGGAAAAAUGAUUCUCCUCAUAUCAUGAUUCAUUCUGUCAUGUAUUUCCUAUGUAAUUAGAGGUUUCUUAUCCUACUUUUACUUACACUAUCUUUGCUUUAAUUGGCAUUCAUUUGUUUCAGUGAGUUUCUGACAUUAAAAAACAAGAUUUAUCUUUAGAGAUCCUGGGCAUUAGAGUACAAUUUAUGUUAUAGCUGGCAAUUCUGAAUGCCCUUGACCUGUAAUCAAGCAUUCCUAGUAGGAAGUAGAGUGUUGUGGUCAUUGGCAUUGGGGCACAUUGUAGAAAUUCCUGAUACCUGGUCAUUAAUUUCAUACCUCUGACUAAAAUAUGCUAAUUAAAAAUAAGAAUACUUGAUUUCCAAGCCUACUUCUCCUUAGAAAGUUUCCUUCAUCUCUGCUUAGCCCAGAAAUGUAUUAGACUCUGAAGAUUUUCUGGACUAAACAAGAUCCCUUGUCCAAGCUAAUCUUAUCUGGAUCUACAAGUCUCUCGAAAGGGCAAGAUAAACAAUGUCUGUUAGUUUUCCAAUAUUUACCAAAUACUGUACUAGAACAUCCACUAUGUUCAUGGUUGAUUACCAGUGAUCCAUAUAUUCUAUGAGGACAGCAUCCUUUUCUUUGGUGUAAUGUGAUGCUAGUUACAUAGUCUCCAGAUAGAUACUUCUUGACUGACUUGAUUUCAAAUUAGAUUGAGAAUUAUCCGUUUGUAUGAUGGGGGGGUCACAUAUUUUAAAAAAUAAAUAAAUUUGACACAUUAAUAAUUAUCUGAUUUUUUCUUAUCACAUGGUAACCUGCAAUGAUUCUAUAGGAAAUUAAAAACUGUCUUUAUCUAGUUCGUCUUUAUAUUAUACUUGCCCUACUUCACUUUUACAGAGCUCCUUAAUGGUCACAUUCUAACAGUGUUCUGUGCUGGAAGUCUUUAUCUAAACCAAAUAAAGAGAUGAUUGCUUAGAAAUCUUG